AUGGAUCCGGCGAGGCUCUCCACGGCGAGCCUAGCAGUUUCUUCUUCAGCAACUCUUCUACGAUUCCUUGGAGGAAAAACAAAGAAAAUUUUCCUGCAAAAACAGAUAAGAAGAAUUAACUUAAUAAAAUCCUCCUCUUCCAAUUGCCAUAUCCACUUAUCAGGUCUAUCUUCAACCAAACACACAGAUCUUAACCGCCCCAAAUGUCAGAAUGUCAUGCUUUUUCUUACGAGCAAAGUGAGGGAAAGAACUAAAGAAAUUGUUCUCAAUGAUCUCUAUUAUCAUUUACAAGGAGAGCUCGAAGGGAGGAAAAUUGGUAUGGGACCGUUCAAAGAAUUAUCUCAGUAUCUUCUUGAAGCAAAUUUUUUGGGAACCUAUCAACGGCAGUUCAAUGAAGAUUUUUUUGCAAAGAACGUGUACUUGUUUGACCUUGUACAGUUGCGAGCGGAUUUGAGAUUAAAUAUGUGGGAUUGUUCUGAUUGGAGAACAUCCAAGGAGAUAGCAGAAACUAUUCUGCGUUUCCUGCAGGAUGCAAACUCAGUUAUGUUGCUUUCAAGUUCAAAGCUUUCUGCACUAAAAGGACUUACAGCAGUGUUGGCCGUCUACCAUGAUGAUGUAAGAGUUUAA